UAGUCGCGCGCGAGCUUCCCCAAGAUGGCGGUGGCUAGAGAUGCCUGUGGCUUAGGAGAACUCGCUGCAGGGAACGGGCGGCGGCUGCACCUGGGCAUUCCUGAGGCCGUGUUUGUGGAAGAUGUGGAUUCCUACAUGAAACAGCCUGGGAAUGAGACUGCGGAUACAGUGCUAAAGAAGUUGGAUGAACAGUAUCAGAAGUAUAAGUUUAUGGAACUCAACCUUGCUCAAAAGAAAAGGAGGCUAAAGGGCCAGAUUCCUGAAAUUAAGCAGACUUUAGAAAUUCUGAAAUACAUGCAGAAGAAAAAAGAGUCCACCAAUUCAAUGGAGACCAGAUUCUUACUGGCAGAUAACCUGUACUGCAAAGCUUCAGUCCCUCCUACCGAUAAAGUGUGUCUGUGGUUGGGGGCUAAUGUAAUGCUUGAAUAUGAUAUCGAUGAAGCUCAGGCAUUGUUGGAAAAGAAUUUAACAACUGCCACAAAGAACCUGGAUUCUCUUGAGGAAGACCUUGACUUUCUUCGAGAUCAAUUUACUACCACUGAAGUCAAUAUGGCCAGGGUUUAUAAUUGGGACGUAAAAAGAAGAAACAAAGAUGAUUCCGCCAAGAACAAAGCAUAAUUCUGGCAAUGAAAAAUGUGGUUCAUUUUUCCAAACGUGUUCUUUUAAAUAUUCCAAGGUUUAUUCUUAAAGGUU